UUAUAUUUUAUUUGAAAACCAAAUGGUAGUUGGCCAAUCGUUGGCCAAUUUAGUCUGCGUUUGAGCAGCACUGCGAACGGUUAACAAAAAUUUUUGAACGCAUUUUAUAAGCGCCUCUACGCUUUCGGUGGAUUGCAAAACAAGGAAAAUAUUCACAAAUUACUUCAUUGUAAUAAAAGCUAAUAUAGCAUCAUUAAUGCGAGAAAUAUAAACAAAUACAAUAUUAAACAAGUGUUGAAAUAAAUUCAUAGAAAAACAACAACAACAAUAAAAGUGCAAUAACAAGUCAAGUGAAACGAAACGCUGUCCACGGCACAGCAACAACAACAACAGGAAGAGAUUUACUUACAAGUAAGGUAAAUCCAAUCAAGCAAACAGCAAAUAACAAAAGACUUAAGCAACGAACUUGGAUUUGAUAAAAUAUACGUCGCAUAUACAAGCCACUGCCACAUUGGAAUAAUUUCAAAAAUAGAACUACAGACAUGAAAAAGGCACGGCGAUGGCUGCUCAUAACGGCGUCUCUGUUAAUGCUUGUGACUGACAUAGCAGCAGUGGCGCCUUUCAAAAAAGUUUCUAUAGCCACAACAACUGCGUCGACGACGUCGAAAACAUCAACAACAACUAGCUCAACAAAUGAAGCGCCGAGCAGUGAAGCCACAUCUGACACUUCGCCCUCGGGUCCAACGAAAAACUCCAAAUUAACGGGCAUUCCACAAAUUGAUUAUAUCUGGGAUCCAAAUUUACCACGCGAAUUGCACGGUUACAAUCUCUCGAGCUACCCAUUCUUCUCAACUGUGCCGCCAGAUGAGGAUAUUCACUUCAAAUGUGAUGGGUUGCAUGACGGUUUCUACGCUUCCAUUGAACACAAGUGUCAGGUAUAUCACCACUGCGUUUAUGGCAUCAGACACGACUUCCUCUGCGCCAAUUUUACCGCAUUCGAUCAGCGAACAUUUAUUUGUCACUUUGUGUCAGAUGUCGAUUGUGAGGGGUCGAAGAAUUAUUGGAAUAGAAAUGACGAUCUCUAUAUGGCUACCACGCCUAAAACGACAACAACAAGCUCUACGGAAGCACCGCCACCAACACCACGCAGACGAUUGGUACGACCUUUGCGGCCGUUGCGACGUCCCUCAAAUCGGCGACCGGUUGAUGAUUAUUACUAUGAUGAGGAAGAAGAACAGGCGUCAGCGUAUGAGGAUGAUUACUAUGAGGAGCGUUUGAAUCGACGCCGCAAGCCGCGACCACGACAACGGAAACCGGUGUCAGACUAUGAAGACGACUACAGCGACGAUAAGCCACGGCGUCAUAAUACACGGGAUCGUUUUCGUGAUGAAGAGGAAUUAGAAGAGGAUUACGAUACUGAUCGUCGCAAACAAGAUAGGCCACGCAACAAAGCAUUAGAUAGACGAAAGAUUGGUGGUCGUAAAUCGACGACCGCUGCAGGUCGUUUAGGUGGCGAUGAGCGCCGCAGUUUCGGUGACGAUCGUGCGCAACCGGGACGCAAGGAUAAAUCGCGUAUUACGCCAUCAGCAGAUCCAGUUGAUGCGGAAGAUCCGCCACCACGACGUUUAACUGGCAGACGUAGGAUUAAUGAGAAACGUAAGUUGCCAGCAAGCAACGAUGACUUAGAUGACUUCGAAAAACGACCAGCCAAUGCACCCGAUCAGGAGGAGGCUGCCGAAGAAGAAGCGCCACCGAAAGUGAAAACAACACCCAAGCCAUUGGAAGAAUUUAUUACACCCAAAGCAAGUAGUAGUUCGGUUUACGCACGUCCACGGGCGCCUCCACGAAUAGCGCGUCCGGUGCCGCUGAAUGAGAAGAAAAAGUUCCAAUAUCCAGUACAGAAAACUGGAGCGACACCCAGUCCUGCAGCUGCACACGCAAACGAUGAUGACUAUUAUGAGGAUGAAGCCUAUGAUGAUGUACGUCCACAACGCGUUCCACCACGUAGACGCGUUGUAGAUAGCAAAUUAGAUGAAGAAGUCGAAGCACCCAGUUCGAAGAGACGUAAUCAAAAUGAUACACCUUUAAUUAAGAAGCCUUCGCGCACAACAAUUCGUCGACCUACAACAGAGAAGAAGCGUGUAACCACUGCAGACGAAGAAUACUACGACAGUGCUGCUGGCGCAUCUGAUGAACCUGUCGACAGUCAUACCAGCAGUCGGAAACGCCCCUUCAGCACAAGAAAUCGCAGUUCUUUUGGACCCGCUGUUGGUCGUGGUGCUGAAGAUGUCGACUUUGUCGAUGAUGACUACGAAGAACGACCACUGCGACCUGCUCAUCGGCUAAGACCAAAGGCAGCUGCACGCAAGGCGACCAAAAAACCACGACGUCCAAUAGAAGAAGAAGACGCUUACGAAGAGGAACCAGAACCACAGCAACGAAAUCGUGUAAGUGUAAAUCGCGCACGCGCUGGAAGUAACUCACGUUUGCGACAAUCCACAACAAGUACGACGACAACAGUGGCACCAAUCGAAGACGUCGAAUCUGACGUCGAAUUGGAAGAAGAAGAGGAAGAGGACGAACCAACGGCGCCCGCUACAUUGAGCAGAGGGGCCGCUCUCUCGUCCUCGGGACGCACUGCCACGGUACGUGUUGUUAAGCGUCCAUUUUUACCAUCGCGCGGUGGUAGUCCAUACCUGCCACGUGGCCUACAACCGGUUGGUGUGGCUCUGAAGCCACUCAGCUCGCAUACAACGGACAGUAGUCCACUCGAUAUGGGAUCGACAAUAUCGGGUGUGCGUCUGCUCGAGCACGGCGCACCGAUAUUGCGAGACUCCGGCAGUGCUUCAGGGUCCACACAAAUUAAUUCUCAUCUACAUGACACAAACGGAUACGAACGCGAACGGGAACGGGAACGUGAUAGAGAGCUACAUGUAACGCAAACUCAACGCACAACAUUGCCACCGCGUAGCGCAUUACCGGCAUCGCAGUCGCGACCAGAGCCUCAGCCUAAAAUCACAUUAGAUGAGCUCUACGAAACCGACUAUGACGUCACAUUGAAUGACGCACUGAAUCCGACGCUUAAACCGCUUUCGCAGCAUCACAGCAAUCAUCCGAAUCACAAUGGCGCUUUUGAGAAUGCAUACGCAUCUGAGACGGGCGUCGGUACAUUUGUCAAUAACAAUAAAUCACCUACAACACUCUAUCACAAUAACAAUAAUAAUCAAUAUCAGCAACAACCACAACAACAACAACAACAAUCGCAACAAUAUAAACAUCAACAUCAACUAAAUGGUUAUCAAACUAAAUCACAAUUAACUCCAUCGCUUAGUCAAACACAAACACAUCAUCAACCAUCACAAAUAAAUUCAAAAUCAUUACCAAUUCAAAUUCAUCAACAAACCGAACAUUUGCAUGCACAACAACAACAACAACAACAACAGCAAACUAGACAACAAUUACUACAACAACAGCAACAACAACAAAGUCCUUAUAAUGACUACAAUAGUGAUGAUUCGUAUUUCUCAUCAACAGAUAUCCGAAGGCGCGCGGUCGUUGCAGCGCCACAGCCGUAUUCCAGCCGAACGGACUACAGAGGCGUCGGCAUGAGAAUAGCCCAACAUUUCUAUGAUGAUUUGGAAUACUAAAGGUCUCUCUAGAAAUGUAUAUAAGUGUAUUUAAUGACAGCCACACUACACAGCACCAUGCACACAAAACUCACAGCACACGCCCACGCAACAUGACAACAACAACAAACUUUUAUGAAUCUGUUCAGCAGUAAACGUUAAAUCCUACGGAUGAUAUGCAAAGAUUUUGUGCACUAACAUUAACUAAUCU